AUGGCAGAAACUAAUCAAUCAACUCCAAAUGAUAUCGGUCCAGAUGGUGAAAAGAUUAAAGAUAUGUCAUUAUACGAACUACUAGGUGUUAGAGGUGAUGCAACUGAUAUUGAUCUUAAAAAAGCUUAUCGUAAGGCUGCUAUCAAAUGGCAUCCUGAUAAGUUCAAGGCUGAGAAACAAUUUGUGUUGAUUGGAGAAGCUUAUCAGAUUCUAUCGGAUCCUCAGGAAAGAGCAUAUUAUAAUAAGAAUGGUAAACGUGAUAAUACUAAAGCUGGACAGACGCCACUUGAAGAUCCUGGAAAACUGUUUGAAAUGAUGUUUGGAGGUCAAAAGUUCAGGGAUUGGAUUGGUGAAAUUUCAUUAGGAAAAGAUAUUGGCAAAGCAUUUGAACAUAAUACUACAGAAGAAGAAAGAGAAACUUUAAGAACUCAAUGGGCUGCGACCAAUGCUAAUGGGACCACGCCACAAGAUACGAUCACACAUGAUUUAGAUUCCUCUACUACUCCUGCUGAACCAUCUGUGAAUGCAGAAAGCGAUGUGCGUCCCACAACACUUGCUUCUGGAUCAUCUCAACCUACUACUACGCCACCCACCCCACCGACGCCGGUUGUGAAACCUAGUUUGAAACAAACACCGGAACAGAGAGCCGAAGCGGAAAAGUAUGAACGUCAACGAAAGGAAGAUACGGCGAAUCGAGUGACAGAUUUGACUAAACGACUUUUGGAAAGGAUCAGACCGUUUGUGGAUGCUAAGCAACCGGGUGAACCGGGUGAUCCGGAAACUGAACGGUUUGCUCAGAGUAUUAAAACUGAAGCUGAAGAUUUGAAAUUGGAGAGUUUUGGAGUGGAGUUAUUGAAAUUGAUUGGAAGUGUUUAUUUUACUAAAGCUACAACAUAUAUUAAAUUACAUAGAUCUAAAUCACCUUUUACGAACUUUCUUGGAUUACCAUCUUUUUUUGAAAACACUAAACAGAAAGGAAAGAUGAUCAAAGAAGCUUGGGGAAUGUUAUCUUCGACUUUAGAUGUACAAAGUGCGAUGGUCGAUUUAGAGAAAAGACAAGAGAAGGGUGAGUUACCUGAAGAUGAAAUGGAACAAUUGAAUAAAGAUUUGGUGGGAAAGUUGUUGUUGAUUUCUUGGAAGGGAACUAGGUUUGAAUCUGGUGCUAUUUUGAGACAAGUAGCUGAUAAUGUACUUUCAAAGGAUUCUCCAUCAGUUACUGAUCAAGUCUUGAUGAACCGAGCUAAAGCUUUAAUGAUGAUUGGAGCCAUAUUUAAAGCUGUUGAACCAGAUGAGACAGAUGAAGAACGAAGAGAGUUGGAAAGGUAUGUUGAUUUUCUCUUAUCAGUUUACAAUGCAAUCGUCUGA